AAGCUGCUGAUUCAUAACAUAAAUUAUUCAAUAAUGGAGUUCCAAUCGUCUGGGUUCAAUCUCAGUACGAAACUUGCGAAAAACCUUUGGCUAAACGAAUCCAAGGACACGAACUUGGUGUUCUCGUCGUUUUCGAUCUCCACUGUAUUAGGUUUAUUAGCUUCUGGUGCAACAGGCGAAACCCUAAAGCAGAUAUGAGAGUUCCUUAAUUUCAAAACUCUCGCCGAACUUAACUCUGCUACCUCGACUCACUGAGCACUCUGAAUGAUGAACAACGCGGAGGAGGACCUAAACUAAGUUCAGCCAAUAGUGUGUGGAUCGAUCAGUCAUACACUCUAAAACCUUCCUUCAGCGAAACUGCAAGUUCAAUCUAUAAAGCCGAUGUUAAGGUUCUCGAUUUCCAAACUAAGGCAGAUGAAGCCGCGGGGGAGGUGAACGAAUGGGUUGAGAAUAAGACUAAUGGAUUAAUCAAGGAUAUCCUUAGCUAAGGACUUAGUUCAAUCGAUGAAUGUACAAUUCUUAUGUUGGUGAAUGCAUUGUACUUUAAAGGAUUAUGGCAAAGACACAUUUGAUAUAUCUAAAACAAAAGAUUCAGAAUUCUAUCUUCUUGACGGAAGCUCAAUCCCACAAGUCCCUUUCAUGACUAACGAUGAGAUGCAACAUGUUUGUUGUUACCAAGGAUUCAAAGUUCUUCAACUCCCAUUCAGUACACAAUACAAAACCCAUUAUGGCGGGGAUGAGGAGGAUGCUUCUUUUGAAAAGAGCUAUGAUGAUGUUGCUGCUGACACACAGUUGUCUAUGUAUAUUAUUUUACCUGAUAACCGAGAUGGCCUUGGUGAUUUGAUGGAGAAGGUAAGCUCAGAUCCAGAUGGUUUCUUGCACAGUCAUCUUCCACUAAUAAACCGACCAAGAGUUCGGAUGGGAGAAUUCUGGAUCCCCAAGUUCAAGAUAUCAUUUGAUUUUGAGGCAUCAAGAGUUCUCAAGGAGUUGGGAGUGGUUUUUCCUUUUGAUCCCGACAAAAGUGAGCUCUCUGAGAUGGUGACUGUUAUUACUGGAAGCCAACUUGAUCGACCCAGAAAAAGAAACAAAAGUACUGGAGGAAAUGUGUUUGUUUCCAAAGCCAUCCACAAGUGUUUUGUAGAGGUUGACGAAGGAGGCACUACAGCUGCUGCUGCUACUUCAUUCGAUGAUUGGGAAGAAUUGUGUAAUAUAGAUUUUGAAGAUGAGGAUGAUCUCCCAGAACCUGUAGACUUUGUAGCGGAUCAUCCAUUCAUGUUCUUGAUCAGAGACGAUAAGUGUGGGGUAGUGUUGUCCGCAGGAUAUGUCUUGAACCCAUUGUUAACGGACGAGUGAUGUUUAUAGCAUGACAUGCAGUGGCGAUUUAGCGUUAGUCCAUGGUAAAAGCAUCUUUCAGGUUUUCAAUUUUACAUUCAUCUGCCUUGGCUUGUUUGAGCCAAAUCAUUAUUUAGUUAAAUUACCUCUCUAUUGAAACAAAUAUUCACUUGGUUUCAACUGUUUUUCCCUUUUGAGAAGUCUACCGCAUA